AUGUCCGACAGUCGCUUCAGUGCGCUCUCUUCAGAUCCUCGCUAUCGGCUACCCAGUCGCAAAGAAGCCCGCACAGCAGUCGACCCUCGAUUCAAAACUCUCUUCACCGACAAGGAAUUCAGCAAAAAGGCCAAAGUCGAUCGCUAUGGCCGCAAGAUCAAGCCUGAGACGGGCAAGAAGGACUUGGAGAGGUUGUAUAGGCUAGACGAAGAGGAGAAGCCGAAGUCAAUACUGAAGAAAAAAGUGGAAAGAGAUGUGGUUGGCAGUUCUGAUGAGAGUGAAGAAGACGAGGAAGAUGGGAGCGACGAGGAGGAAGACUCGCUAAAAGAGCGCGAUCCCGCUCGCGAUGGCUUUUCCGAGAGUGAAAGCUCUGAAGAGGAGACAUCAGACGAAGAUGAAGAGGACAAUGAGCUGGAGCUGGCAGAAGCGACGGCAGGCCAGGAACAGACUGAAGAUAUACCAAUGGGAGAUGUGUCGCGGAGGAUUGCAUGCGUGAACCUGGACUGGGACAACAUACGUGCUGCAGAUCUCAUGGCUGUAGCUCAGAGUUUUGCGCCCACUGGUGGGAAGGUCCGCAAUGUCACGAUAUACCCCAGCGAGUUUGGUCGAGAGCGGUUGGAACGUGAGGAGAUUGAGGGACCACCACGAGAGAUUUUUGCGAGCUCGUCGUCGAAGAAGAAGAAGAGGACCGAGGAGGAGGACGAGAGCUCAGACGACGACGAGAAGAUCAAGCAAAAGCUGCUCCAACAGCAAGCCAGCGAAGGUGACGAAUUUGACACUGCAAAGCUGCGACAGUAUCAGUUGGAGAGACUGCGCUACUACUACGCUGUCAUUGAAUGCGACGGUCACGGGACGGCCAAGAUGAUCUACGACGCGAUGGACGGCAGAGAGUAUCUUUCGACCUCAAACUUUUUCGACUUGCGCUUCGUGCCAGAUGAUAAAUCUUUUAAAGAUGACGAACCUCACGACGAAUGCAACGACCUGCCGCGAGGAUACAAGCCAAACGACUUCCGUACCGAGGCUUUGACACAUUCCAGGGUCCGUCUGACUUGGGACGACGAUGAUGCCACGAGAAAGGAAGUGCAGAAGCGAGCUUUCUCGCGAGCAGAAAUGGACGAGAACGAUCUGCAAGCAUACAUUGGCUCAGAUGAUAGCGAUGCAGACUCGACGACCUCCCGGAAGUCAUCCGCCGAGGAUAAGAAAGCCAAGAAGAAGGAAGCUCAGCGCGCGACAAUGCGUGAAGCCCUCGGUCUGCCGGCAGAAGGUACCGCUUCAUCGAAGAAGGGCAAGGAUGAGCCCGUGGGCGAUAUGCAGAUCACCUUCACCUCAGGUCUUGCAGGAAAUGGCAAGGAGGGUAAAGGUGUGUUCGAGAAUGAGCCCCAGGACGAAGAGUCAACACGUGAGCGAUACAUCCGCAAGGAGAAGGAGCGAAAGCAGAAACGCAAGGAGCGCAUGAAGGCGGGACGCAACGGCGUUGAUGAGGAAGAGGAGCAGGUCGUUGAAGCUGAGGCAGGAGCCAACAGUGACGACAACGAUCCAUUCAACGACCCCUUCUUCAACGACCCCGAAGCCGCAAAGAAGCAAGAGAAAGCCGCCAAGAAAGCCGCCCGCCAAGCCAAGAUCGAUGCGAAAGCAGCCACAGACGCUGAAGCAGAAGCACGCCGCGGCGAGCUCGAGCUCCUCAUGGCCGAGGAAGAUGCAGACGUCCGACACUUCGACAUGCGCGAGAUCGAGAAGGCGCAGAAGGAAGCCAAGCGCGCAAAGCACAACAAGAAGAAGGGCAAGAAGGAAGUGGAGAAGGUGCAGGAUGACUUCAAAGUCGAGACUGAAGAUCCUCGUUUCAGCAAGCUGUUUGACAGCCAUGAGUAUGCUAUUGAUCCGACGAAUCCGAGGUUCAAGCAGACGGAGGGGAUGAAGACGUUGUUGGAGGAGGGGAGGAAGAAGAGGAAGGUGGAGGAUGAUGAUGUUGGCGAGGCGCAGGUGUCGAAGAAGGUGAGGAAAGGGAAGGGCAGUGGUGAUGUUGAGGCUGGUGGUGAGGAUGUGAAGGGGCUUGUUGCGAGGUUGAAGAACAAGAAUAAGAGCAAGGCGAAGUAA